AUGUCCCCUUCUGCCAUUACCAACUCCCCUCCUCAGCAGGCAUCUCAGCCUACUACUGUUCCUACUGCUUCUUCCCUUGAUCAAGCAAACACCUUUGCGGUUCAACCGCCCCCUAACUUCACCGGCUAUGAUCACAUAACCUGGUGGGUUGGCAACGCCAAACAGGCUGCCUCUUAUUACACCAACCUCUUUGGCUUCAAGCCUAUUGCCUAUAAGGGCCUCGAGACCGGAAGUCGAUACUUUGCCUCGUAUGUCAUUGAGAAUAAUGAUGUCCGUUUUGUUUUCACUUCGCCCUUGCGCUCUGAGGCUCACUUCCCCGACGAUGAACCCAUCUCCAAGACAGACCGAAAGCUCCUAAGGGAGAUGUAUGCUCACCUCGAGCGCCAUGGUGACGCCGUGAAGGAUGUCGCCUUUGAGGUCGAGAGUGUCGAGGGAGUAUACCACAAGGCUGUCCAGGAGGGCGCCAUUGCUGUCCAGGACCCCAGCGUCAGCAAGGACAAAGAGCAUGGCUCCGUCACCACAGCUGUUAUCUGCACAUACGGAGAUACCACUCACACUCUUAUCUCCCGCCAGAACUACACCGGGCCCUUCCUCCCCGGGUACCGCAACUGGAACAAGAAGCACGGUGCCACUGUGUCUCUGCCAGAAGUUCCCUUGGCCCGCAUCGACCACUGCGUCGGUAACCAGUCCUGGAACGAGAUGGACUCGGCCUGCGCUUUCUACGAGCAGUGCCUUUCUUUCCACCGCUUCUGGUCUGUGGAUGACUCUCAGAUCUGCACUGAGUUCUCCGCCCUGAGCUCUAUUGUCAUGGCCUCUCCCAACAACGUUGUCAAGAUGCCUAUCAACGAGCCCGCUGCCGGAAAGAAGAAGUCUCAGAUUGAGGAGUAUGUCAUCUUCAACUCGGGCGCUGGUGUUCAGCACAUCGCCCUUCUUACCCCCGACAUUAUCACCGCUGUCACAGCCCUCCGUGCUCGUGGAGUCGAGUUCAUCGACGUCCCUGAGACAUAUUACACCAACAUGCGCCAUCGUCUCAAGACAGAGCGCCGCAACUGGGAGCUCAAGGAAGAGUUUGAGACUCUUGAGCGCCUUAACAUUCUCAUCGACUAUGAUGAGGGUGGCUACCUACUGCAGCUAUUCACCAAGCCCCUUAUGGACCGACCCACGGUCUUCAUCGAGAUCAUCCAGCGCAAUGAUUUCGAUGGCUUCGGUGCUGGUAACUUCAAGAGCUUGUUCGAGGCCAUUGAGCGUGAGCAAGCUCAGCGUGGCAACCUGUGA